CCGCAUGAGAAAUUUGAAAAAUAGAAUCGCAAACAGCAAGUUUCAUAAUCUAUUCAUAAUCUACUCGGUUGUACGUUGAUGCAGUAUUUUAUUUUCAUCGUUGAUUAGAAGCUAUAAUACAGCUAAAAUGCCGAAAAAAAUUUUGCCAAGAAAUAGAGCAGCUCCACCAAAAUUAACUAAGCCUCCACAAUUGCCAAAAGCAACUGAAGUUGAUUCAACGAAUCAAGAUGAAUCAAUAAGGACUGCUAGUGGUUUAACUCCUGAAGCUGAAGAUCAGUUUGAAAUAGAAUUAUGCUGGUGUAUUCAACAGCUUGAAUUAACCGUUAACGAAAUAAGCAGUCAAGCUCAACAACAAAAAGAUGCAGCUAACAGUAAAGAGAAGCAAAUAAUGGCCAUGCACAGAAGUUUGAGAUCUUUGAAGAGUAAUAAUGCAUCAUUAAUUAAGAAGAGACAAAUUAUGAGAAAUUUAUUUGGAGAUUACAGAGCUAAGAUGGCUGAAGAUGAAAAGAAAUUAGCUAAAGAAGUGUCACAAGUUUCAGUAACUCAUAAAGAUAAAUACGACAAUAUGAAUAAAGGUGUAUUUGUGAGAAAAGUUCAUUGUCAAGCAAAGAGAAUUAAUUUAGAGACUACUGAAUCUAAUGAAGACAAAAAAUCUGUUGAGAAAAAAGCACUCAUAGUUCCAAAUAGUUCUGAUAAGCCAUUCUCAUUUAAUUUCCAGAUAGAUACUGCAGGAACAUCUUAAUUCAAUAAACUUGGGAAUUUUAUUUACUGUAUUAUAAGAACGAAUGAAAAUUACUGUAAAUAUUGUUGUCUACCAUCAGCACGCAUGGUACAAUGUGAUUAUGAGAAAAGUAUAAAGUUAAGAAUGCUGACUAAUGUAAAUAAAAUAGUUACUACUUCACAAGUUCAACACGCGCUAAAGGCUAAUUUUGUAUUGAAAGUUUUUUUCAUUUUUCACAAAUAAAAAAGUGGAAAAUAAAAAA